ACCGGAAGUAUAAAUGUUAGCUUGAGUUGCUAAAUCGGGAUUAAAUCGUAUGUUGUAGACUCUUUACUCGACAGUCACCGGAAGGAUUUUUCUUUCACUCGUUUGUUUUGAGGCGCUGUGAAUAUUUCUACUUAUUGAAGGUUGCAUUGCAUUAUGUAGGUAGCCUUCUUUAGCAAAGUGAAUUGAUUGUUGGCCACAUUGGCUAAAGCAGCUAACAGCAGAGAUUUAAUCGGUGUUUCCGAUUUUGAAGCUUUUAAAAGUUCAUGGUUUAGUGUUACAAGACCAGUCCACAUUCUACGUCUGUGAGACUGUGAGAGAAGACCACGUCGUCUGUGGACACCUCCUCUAAGCCUUGUUGUUCAGAUGAGGACCGAGACACUGGGGACAGUUACAGAGUGGAACCAGAACUAUCAGACUCUGCUUUGCAGCAUCGCUUCAGCAAUGCUGCGGUUUACCUUUUCUGUGAAUACACUGUUCAGAGGCUGCACAUAAAAAAGGCAGCACAUAAAAAUAGAUACAUGUUAUAUGACUGAAACCUGGAUCUUCGUGUGAAGUUAGCAAAAAGUAACGUGACCAAGAGAAUCUCAAGUGAGUCGAGGAUGUCUGAAAAGAUGAAGGUUGAAGCAGAAGACCCCGGAGGGCUCCGUUUAGUGCCCUCCAUACCUGCAGCAUCUCCAUCAGAACUGGAGCAGACACAAGAUGGGAAAGAUCGCAUCCAUCAGAUGUUGGCACUUAAAGAAGAGGUUCCCCAUAACUGGAGCUCCAAUUUGGACCAGCAAGAUUCAGAGCACACACACAUAAAGGAGGAAGAGGAGGAACUGUGGAUCAGUCAAGAGGAAGAGCAGCGUAAUGUGAAGAGUGAAGAUGAGGAGAAACCUCAGUUAUCAGAGCUUCAUCAAAUCAAAACUGAAGACAACAGUGAAAUAGAUGCUCCAACCAGACACUCAGCUGAGCAGUUGGAAACAAACCUCGAUGGACUGGACUGUGAAGGACCAGAACCGAACUGUAACCAAGAUCCAGGAUGUUCCUAUCAGAAAAGUAAGAUGAUGGUUGAAAGAAGAGGUAAAAGAUCUAAACUGCGUACUAAACUUAAGGCUCAGGGUCCAGUUCGUACAAGAGAGAAAUCAUUUGGUUGCAAUGUCUGUGGCAAAAGAUUCAAGCGUGAGACAAAUUUUAAAUUACACAUGAUGAUUCACAAUGAAAAGAGAGAACAUUUCUGUGAUCUUUGUAAUAAGGGAUUUAAAGUAAAGCGUUCUCUUCAAACACAUAUGAGAGUUCACACUGGAGAGAAGCCGUUUGCAUGUGAUGAUUGUGGUAGAAGGUUCCAUGCAAAGAGUAAUCUCACAAGUCACCUGAAGGUCCACUCAGAAGAAAAACCAUUUUCUUGUGAUGUUUGUGGUACAAGGUUUAUAAGAAAUGAAAAUCUUAAAAGACACAUGUGGAUCCACAGCACAGAGAAACCAUUUGUUUGUAGUGUUUGCAGUAAAGGAUUUUCACUGCAGCAGAGACUUGAAACUCAUAUGCGUGCUCAUAAGGGGGAGAAACUAUUUAUGUGCAGUGUUUGUAGUAAAGGAUUUUCCCGACAUGAGAAUCUAAAACGACACAUGCGUGUUCACACCGGAGAGAAACCGUUUAUCUGCAGUUUUUGCGGAAAAGGAUUUUCACUACAAGAGACGCUAAAGAGUCACAUGCGUGUCCACACAGGAGAGAAACCAUUUAUUUGCAGUAUUUGUAGUCAGGGAUUUUCUCUACAACAGAAUCUGAAGAGUCACAUGUAUGUUCACACAGGAGAAAAACCGUUUAUUUGUAGUGUUUGUAAUAAGGGAUUUUCACGACAUGUAUAUCUGAAAAGUCAUAUUAAAGUUCAUACAGCACCGUUUAGCUGUAGUGAUUGUAGUAAAUGUUUUAUGAAUGAAAUACAGCUACAGCGACAUGUAAGGUUUCACUCAGAGGAGAGGCCAUUUAGUUGUGAUGUCUGUAAAAGCAGAUUUAAUCAAAAGAUUCAUCUUGAAAGUCACAUGAAAGUCCAUUCAGGAGACAAACCAUUUGCUUGUAGUGUUUGCAAUAAAGCAUUUUCACGACCUGGAGAUCUGAACAGACACAUGGGUGUUCACAAGGGCUGCAGCUAAUGAUUAAUAGCUGAAUAAUCUGUCAAUAGGCUUUUAGGCAGUCAAAUAUUAUUUUAAUCCAUUCUUUCUUUAUGGAGGAGUAUCCUCGCAUAUGUUAGAAGUGUCCUGUAGACUUGCAUAAUAUUUUUUGAAAGAUGAAUUUAAAACAUGUUUUACUGCUUUGUUCAGCUCUAGGUUAAAAUAAGGAAUACUUGAAAUGUGGGAUGAGCAGUGAUUCUUUGAACGAGUUCAAAUGAAAAUCUUUGCCCCUUGUGUUUUUAGACAUCUGACUGUAUGGGAUAAAUAUCACCACAAGGUGGAAGCAGUGUAUUUGCUAGAGAGGUGAACUACUACAACCCAGAGAGCUUUUAGGAAUUUUCAAAUUGCAAGGUUCACAAAGUUUGUAAAAAAGACAAUGAAAAUAACCAGACAUCCAAUCUAAAUGUCUUGUUAUUGCUACAGCUCCCCCUGCUGCUUUGGUGGUUCUCCUGUCAUAGGUGCUUUUUAUCUCCUGAUAUCUGAAGGGAGUUAACCUACUACUUCAUCAGUAUCUUCAGGACAAGACGAUAUUCUUUGGAUAUAUAUGAAUUGACAACAAAUUUGUUGUUACUUGUUAUGAAAUAGUAGAUGUCUUUAUUGUAUUAGAUUUCCUAGAACUAUCCCACUGCUAAGGCAUGUACUGUUAAACUGGUUUUCUAUGGAAAUUAAAAUUCAAGGGACUUUAGGGAAAAUAAAUGUUCAUAAAUGUUUUUUUCACAAAUGCUCUUAAAAACAAACAAUAUUAUUUAAUAUUUAGUGCCUCUUUAAAUUAAAAUAAAAUCCGUAAAGAUGUAAAACUACACAUGACCAACGUGUGUAUAUUAGAACCCAGAACCCCACCUUAAUAUACUACUUCUACGGCCCAGUUGUUUAAAAUAGCAUCUAUGUUGAAUUUUACUGAUAAUUUCUGUCUGUGUAAAUACAUUUACAAACAUCAGAAUUUAUUGAAUUUAAGUCAGUUUAAUUCACCUUUAGAAACUCAUUCUCUGUAUAUUCGAAUCAUUAGUUUGUUAAAUAAACAUAAAAAUGUCUUGCUGUAACUCUAAAGUGCACCUGAGUUCUUUUAUCAAUCUGUGAUCAUUUAAAUAAGUUGUGUCUCUUUUCUCAACAGCUUUGCUAAUGUUUGAAGCUUCCUUAUGUCUGGUUAACUCAGCACCAAUUGGGUCAGCAUCUAAGGUUUUGUUUAUAUUAUUUUACUCGUUUGUUUUUUAUGUGCAUGAAAUUUUACUUGAAGCUCUUCUGUGGUUCUAUUUCUUUCUACUGACUUUGAUCACAUUUUUUGUCCCACUUUGUUUUCUUUGGUGGUGUUAUUGUAGUAAAAAUGUAGCAAAACUCAGUCAAUAAUAACUGUAACUUAUCUGGGCUGUAUUUACAUGAUUUAGGACAGUUGGCUAAAGUCAGCUCCAACACAAAGACCAGUUGUUAAGAUGCUCAGUGGAACAAUAUUCCAAAUAGUUUCAUUUUGGCAGAAGCUAAAUUGAUAUCAGUGCUGCAAAAACAAAGGAUGAUACUGAUUUUUACCUUUGAUGAUUCCUGCGAUCAGUUUUUACUUCAGCUGUAGUUUCCAUUCACUUUUUUCAUUGGGAAAAGGGAAAUACGUUGUUGGUACAAAAAGAUUAAAAUCCAGUUUUGUUAGAAAUUCUUCAAUGUUGUGUUUGAAUUGUAUUGUAUGAUUGAGAUUAUUUAGACCUGUUUUUCUUAAGUACCCUUUUAAAAUAAAAUAGUUGCUAUAUUUAAUUGAACUGAAUUCAUCUCUGCAAGGGCUAAAGUUGUUAAGUAUUAUCCCUAAAGAUGGGCUUGUGGCAUCAGCAACACUUCAGAUGGUGGUAUGAGGACUGGCUCAUUCAAGAUGCUACAGCAACAGCCAUGAGAUGGUGCUGGAAACUGCCUGCAGAGAUAACAUGGUCCCUGCCAGCAACUGUUAGAGGCUAUGUAGAGAUGUGCUUUGACCGGCGGCAGGUUACAGAGAGCUGGCGAGUGCUGUGAUGGAUGCCAUGGUGCCUGCCUGGAACUGUCCCAAACUUCCACAGGCUUUAAGGAGAUGCCAUGAGCAGACAGAGGCUGCAGGUAUAGAUGCCACUCCAAGUCCCUGCAGAUUAUCUACCAGAUACCUAAACAAUAUCCACAUACUUCAUUGAUGUUUUUGUUAAAUUAUGUAGAUAUUUGGGGGUUUUUUAUGUUCAGGGUGUUUUUUAAAAGUCUUAAAUAUUCAGGUGUUUAUUGGUGCAAUUAGAUAAUUUUUUUAUAAAAAUAAAAUUCAGUUUCUCUACUGCACCCAAGACAUCCUGUCAGAACAACUUCCUCUUUGUGGUCCAAACAACUCAAACUGGUGCUGUGUUUAGUUCUGCUGGUGAACAAAAUCAGAAACCACAACUUAAAGUCAACUUCAUAUGAUUUGAUAAUGUUGGAAAAAUGUAUAAAAAUGAUCAUUGUUUAGUUUAAACUAGGGUUAUGUUUUAAGUUCUACUCUAGUGAAGAUGAUUCCUGUGAUUGUUUUUUAGUGUGUAAAAGGGAGUGGAGAGUUAAGGAAUACGGUCUGGAGUGGAUCACUCUCUGGACAUGACAAGCUUAUACCAUAUAUGGGAAUGACUACUUUUUAUGUUGAAAUCUCUGUAAGAAUUGGCUGAACCGAUUCCCACUUUUUACUUGUAAGAAUGUGAGUUGUAAAUAAAAGGCUGGUGCAAGGACUUCUUCCUUUGUGAAAAGGAAGUCGCUGUUCUGCAGAGGACUGUCUCUGCCUUGCAAGUCAAACUUACUUGGUUCAUCUGUGCCUUAUUCAUACACUUGUCUGUAAUUAUCAGCUUUUUAACUCCAACAGGUAAUAAAAACUCAUUUCAUCCAUU